UCCACUCCACAAUAAACCCAUCUGAAAAAUUUUCCCGGAAAGUCUCCUUCACUUUUCCUCCCUCUUUUCUCUCUCCCCAAACACCCUGAAAUGGCGCUGGAGUGGGUAGUGCUAGGCUACGCCGCGGCCGCAGAGGUGGUAAUGAUCCUCCUGCUGACCCUCCCAGGCCUCGACCCUCUCCGCAAGGGCCUCGUCUCCGCCACCAGAGCCCUCCUCAGACCCUUUCUCUCAGUGGUCCCGUUCUGCCUCUUCUUGCUCCUCGACAUCUACUGGAAGUACGAGACAAGGCCGUCGUGUGAGUCCGGCAGUGCCUGCACUCCAUCGGAGCAUCUUCGCCACCAAAAGUCCAUCAUGAAGAGCCAGAGGAAUGGGGUUUUGAUCGCUUCGGCGCUGCUCUUCUACUGGGUUUUGUACUCGGUGACCAGUCUUGUGGGUCGGGUGGAGGAGUUGAAGUAUCGGGUCGAGAAGUUGAAGGAGGAUUGGGAUUAGUAUGGGUGAGAGGAAAAUUGGAUUGGAGGUGAGUUUUCUCUUGUCAAUGAGAUAAUGAAAGAACAGGCAUUAUUUAUAAAUAGGGCUAGUCUCUGUAUUGUUCGAAUUAGAAUCAUCAAUAAAUAGAUAUAUUUAUUCUC